UCUUAUCUUCUUCACCUUCACACCUACAUACACAACAACUGAAACCAAAAGGCGUGAGAAACAUGGCGCUCACACCACGAUGGUCUCACACUCUAUUGCUUGCAGUGCUGGGAACUGCAGCUGCAUCUGAGCUUCAGAUGCCUCUAAUACCGUCUCAACAGAAACCCCUGGGAGCUAAUCACGCACUUGUUAAGCCGGUGGUCGACACCGAUGAUCUGCAGGACAGCAUCAAGGUCGACAACCUUUUCAGCCGUGCUAAGGACCUCUAUGCCAUCGCAGAGCUAUCCGAGCCAGAAUAUGGCCAUCCGACUCGAGUUAUCGGGAGUGAGGGCCACAGCGCGACGUUGGAUUAUAUUUAUUCAGCGAUAGAGGACCUUGGUGAUUAUUACACCCUCUCGAGCCAGCCAUUUCCCGCCAACAUAGGGCACAUUUACGAGUCUCGCCUCAUUAUUGGCCAUCACUUAACCAAGUCCUCCUCACCCAUGUCUAUGACUCCGCCAACAGCUGGUAAAGAGCCUGUUCAUGGUGAUCUGGUUCUCGUAGCAAACGAAGGAUGCGACGCGUCUGAUUAUCCUGCUAACCUCACUGGCAACAUCGCGUUCAUCCUUCGCGGCACGUGCCCCUUUGGCACUAAAUCACUGAAUGCGGGCAAGGCCGGUGCAGUUGCUGCCAUUGUGUUCAACUACGAGUCAGGACAAGUCUCCGGUACCCUGGAGAGCCCCAGCCCGGACCAUGUCGCCACUUUUGGCUUAUCGGGCAAAGAAGCGGGUCCCAUCCUUCAACGUUUGAAGGAUGGCGAGGUCAUUAAUUCGAUCGCGUAUAUCAACUCGGAUGUCAACCAGAUCCAGACCACCAACAUCAUCGCACAGACCAUCGAAGGCGACCCGGACAACUGCGUCAUGCUCGGUGCCCACUCUGACAGCGUCGCCGAAGGACCGGGCAUCAACGACGACGGCUCGGGCAGCAUCACGCUUCUCGAAGUCGCGACGCAGCUGACCAACUUCAGCGUCAAGAACUGCGUGCGCUUCGCGUGGUGGGCCGGCGAAGAGGAGGGCCUCCUCGGCUCAGACUACUACGUCGAAGUGUUGCCGGAAGAGGAAAACAAGAAGAUCCGCCUCUUCAUGGACUACGACAUGAUGGGCAGCCCGAACUUCGCCUACCAGGUGUACAACGCGACCAACGCCGCGAAUCCAACCGGCUCGGAGCAGUUGAGGGACUUGUAUAUUGACUGGUACACGGCGCAGGGCUUGAACUAUACGUUUAUUCCGUUCGAUGGCCGCAGCGACUACGACGCUUUCAUCCGCAACGGUAUUCCCGGCGGAGGUAUCGCGACGGGUGCUGAGGGCGUGAAGACGAAGGAAGAGGAGAUCAUGUUUGGCGGAAAAGCAGGUGAUUGGUAUGACCCUUGUUAUCACCAGCUGUGCGAUGACAUUGGGAAUGUCAAUGCGACGGCGUGGUUGAUCAACACUAAGCUCGUCGCGCACUCGGUCGCCACCUAUGCCCUCUCGUUCAAGGGCUUCCCUGAGCGAACAACAACCACUACCCCGAUGAAUGUCUAUGGUCGGUCGGCCAAAUACCAUGGACAUCGCCUCGUUUUGUAAGAUCGUUUUGGAAUAUAUUUAUGAAUCGUGUAUAUGACUGUUAAUUAAAUUGAAAUAUAAUUCAUAUUCACUGCAUGUUGGAAUAGCUAUCACAUAAGCAGUUCUUAGGUAUAUAAGGCAUUUCUGUUGAAUACCUAGUAGCCUUAUCCAUCUUGAACUUGGAGAAUACACAUACAGAGUUUUACAA